AUGAAUACUUUUCUCAUACUCCUAUGCUUGCUGUCUGAAGGUAAAUAGUUUCCAUGGCUUCUGACUAGUGGUUGAUUCCGCUCAUGUAAUAUAACAUAGGUUAUGUAAGCAACAUUUCCCACGUUUGACAGGUCAUUGAUUAUUUUGUAUGUAGGCUAAGAUUUUUUAUUUUAAAUUGUAUUUAACUUGCCUUUCUUUUGUAGCCGUCUCUGUCAACGUCGUAGCUAGAGGAGACACCACUGUUAACUUCAAUGGCGAUGCAUCAUAUACCUGCACCCAUGCGGACCCGACAGGUGUGCUGCAAGUUACCUGGCAGAGACUGUUCAAAGACGACUCGGUGGAGAAUCUGGCCACCUACAGCAAGCGGUUUGGAGCUCAAAUCAUAGACCCGCACCGAGGCAAGGUGGUUUUCACUGAGGCAUCUCUCGACUCGACGUCUAUUACCGUGAAGAAUGUAACAUGGGCGGACGAAGCCUGCUAUAUUUGCUCCUUCAACGUUUACCCGAGUGGAUCAAGACGCAAGCAGAAGUGUCUUACAGUUCAAGGUAUUUAAUGCACUGAAUAAUAACAGUUUUAGGGCUUACCUGUAGAUGUCUCUAUUCAGUUAAAGUUACAAUAUUACUUACAUGAAAAUGUUGUAACUCAAAAGAAUAAUAGUAUUACUUUGAGAGCUACUUUGACAGUAGGUCAGUACAGGUACAAGCACACCUGGUCAAUUAAUGAUCCAGUCCUUGAUUAGACCUAGUUGAAUCAGGUGUACUGGAAUAGAAGUGGAAGUCACUGGGGGUAUCCUUGGAGAUAAACUUUUUUGGUAAACACUCUUCUCGAGCAUUCAUAAGCAAUACAUAGAUGCUUCACUGAUACAUUUAUAAGCAAAACCAUACCAAUACAGGUAAUAUAAAGGUCCUUACAUCUGGUGCUUUGCCAAAUAUAGCAUAAUCCUUUAGUCACCCUUUACAGCAGGACAUUUGCUAAGGCAUGAUUUCUGAAUAAUACAGUAUGGGCCUUGUAAAGGGUUUAUUCUGGGAUUUAUUUAAGUGAUAAUGCCCGCUAAGCCGGUGUAUGGAGGAUAUAUUGGCAUGGGUCGAGGGCCGGCAAACUGUGACAAUAUAUCGGAUUACCAACAUAUUCAAAUAAUGAUUGACAUAUUUUCAUUAAAAACAUUAUUUUGAUUAAUUUAUUCAUACUAUAUAAUUCUUCCACAAGAUAUAGUCCCGACACAAAUCUAGGGUUGCUACCCAAGCUGGCUGGUCGUUCGUUCUAUUGGUUCGGUUGCCAGAGACGCGACCCAGUCGUUCAGUCUUUUUGUUCUGUAUCUAUGGACGGGACCCAGUCCUUCAUUCUAAAUGUUCUAUUGCCAUACUGGCUGGCAACGUUCUUAUCCUUUGCUGGCUAGCUAACCAACUACAGCUAAUUUAUUAAUUUACAUUUCUUUGUAUAUAUCCAUAAAAUUAUGCCAGCUGAUUCAUGAUUUCGACUGGCUGAGAAACGCUGCCUGCCUGUCUGUCUCAUCCCGACUCCCGACACGUUCAUUACUAUGGGACAGCUGGAGAUCGAAUUUGAAUAUUGAAACAAUGUUGCAAAUAGGUUUAUACAAAUAUCCGCUGUUAAACUAAAUGUUAGUCUAAAAGAAAUGUGAGAAUUUCUAGAUGCUUUUUAUAGUGGAGAUCAAGUUUAUAAUUUGAGAUGGUGGAUUGCGCAGUCAGAUGGAACAGAAUAAAUAGGCAUUUUAAUGCGCUUUUAACCAAUCAGCAUUCAGGAUUAGACCCACCCGUUGUAUAAUAGGGGAAUGUAAACACUAGGCUUCAGAACACCAGCUAACUGCAACUAUAAAUCUCCAUAUUGGCAUUGUUACAUCACUGGCAGGAUUUCCCAAAAAUGGUUGAAUCCCAAAACUGUCUGAAAGACCAUGAACUCUGCAUGCAUUAAUAAGGAACCUUUACUGCUGUCAAACCAUAUGAAAACAUGAUACAUAUUUUGAAAUCUGUUCUUAAUUGAUCUGCCUGGUAAAAUAAAGGUAAAAUAAUGUUUCAUCUAUUCUAAGGAGUAUCUGAAGUGAGAGCCACAAUGCAAAAAGUCCCCAGCACUGAACCUAAAGCAGACAUGGAAGUUGUGGUCAGCUGCUCAGCCACGGGUAAACCAGCACCUUGGAUCCAAUGGAACAUUUCUGCAGCGUCACUCAUAAAGACGCCUAACAACUGGACUGUCGUUAACAAAGACCAAACUGUCACAGCCAUUAGCAACAUCACCCUCCAACUGUUGCCAGGUUCAGGGGGAUACGUGGACUGUAUCGUAAACAAUGGGAUGAGGACACAGAGACACGAGAGAGUUCUGCUUCCUGUUCUCCCUGGAGAGAGGGAGGUUGAAGAGGGUACGUAAUGUUGACGUGUCAUAUACUUUUAGACCAUACACUUUUAGUGUCAGUUCAGUACAGAAUGGUCCAACUUGAAAACGACAUUGAGAAAACAUCCUCAUCAUCCCUAGCCCUAUAAAUAGUAUGCCAAAUUCAUGAUAUUAACAAUAAACAUUUACAUUUGGAUGCAUGAAUUUGGCGUUCUAUUUAAAGGGCUACAUCAUCCCCAGGGGCAUGUUGUGACAGCCUUGUGAUCAGCAUCAUCGUGCAAUAGCGCAACAUUCUGUUUCCUGAAAACAGAACGCAGCGAGAUCAGGCAGGUUCCAAGAGGCUAAUGUUUAGUUCAGUAUCACUCCUACUCCCCAGGAGCUAUCAUUUGUUGACUUCUGUAACCGUAAAAGCCUUGGUUUUCUGCACAUAAAUAUCAGAAGCCUCCUUCCUAAGUUAGAGUUAUUCACUGCAAAAAUUCUGAAAUUUCCAUCCCCAACUAUAACAUUUUCCGUAUAGAUAGAACUGCCAAAGGGGGUGGAGUUGCAAUCUACUGUAGAGAGAGCCUGCAGAGCUCUAUCAUACUAUCCAGGUCUGUGCCCAAACUGUUUGAGCUUCUACUUCUAAAAAUCCACCUUUCCAGAAAUAAGUCUCUCACUGUUGCCGCUUGCUACAGCCCCCCCUCAGCCCCCAGCUGUGCCCUGGACACCAUAUGUGAAUUGAUUGCCCCCCAUCUAUCCUCAGAGUUCGUACUGCUUGGUGACCUAAAUUGGGAUAUGCUUAACACCCCGGCCAUCCUACAAUCUAAACUAGAUGCCCUCAAUCUCACACAAAUUAUCAACGAACCUACCAGGUACAACCCUAAAUCCGUAAACAUGGGUACCCUCAUAGAUAUCAUCCUGACUAACUUACCCUCUAAAUACACCUCCGCUGUCUUCAACCAGGAUCUCAGCGAUCACUGCCUUAUUGCCUGCGUCCGUAACGGGUCCGCGGUCAAACGACCACCCCUCAUCACUGUCAAACGCUCCCUAAAACACUUCAGCGAGCAGGCCUUUCUAAUUGACCUGGCCCGGGUAUCCUGGAUGGAUAUAGAUCUCAUUCCGUCAGUAGAGGAUGCCUGGUUGUUCUUUUAAAAGUAAUUUCCUCUCAAUCUUAAAUAAACAUGCCCCAUUCAAAAAAUACAGAACUAAGAACAGAUAUAGCCUCUGGUUCUCCUCAGACUUGACUGCCCUUGACCAGCACAAAAACAUCCUGUGGCGUACUGCAUUAGCAUCAAAUAGCCCCCGCGAUAUGCAACUUUUCAGGGAAGUUAGGAACCAAAAAAAAUAACUGUUGGCUCAAAAUACACAUCCCAAUGUGACUCUCUGCAAGAUGUAUUUUACUUGAUUUUAGUAAAUGUACAGUGGGGGAAAAAAGUAUUUAGUCAGCCACCAAUUGUGCAAGUUCUCCCACUUAAAAAGAUGAGAGAGGCCUGUAAUUUUCAUCAUAGGUACACGUCAACUAUGACAGACAAAAUGAGAAAAAAAAUUCCAGAAAAUCACAUUGUAGGAUUUUUAAUGAAUGUAUUUGCAAAUUAUGGUGGAAAAUAAGUAUUUGGUCAAUAACAAAAGUUUCUCAAUACUUUGUUAUAUACCCUUUGUUGGCAAUGACACAGGUCAAACGUUUUCUGUAAGUCUUCACAAGGUUUUCACACACUGUUGCUGGUAUUUUGGCCCAUUCCUCCAUGCAGAUCUCCUCUAGAGCAGUGAUGUUUUGGGGCUGUCGCUGGGCAACACGGACUUUCAACUCCCUCCAAAGAUUUUCUAUGGGGUUGAGAUCUGGAGACUGGCUAGGCCACUCCAGGACCUUGAAAUGCUUCUUACGAAGCCACUCCUUCGUUGCCCGGGCGGUGUGUUUGGGAUCAUUGUCAUGCUGAAAGACCCAGCCACGUUUCAUCUUCAAUGCCCUUGCUGAUGGAAGGAGGUUUUCACUCAAAAUCUCACGAUACAUGGCCCCAUUCUUUCCUUUACACGGAUCAGUCGUCCUGGUCCCUUUGCAGAAAAACAGCCCCAAAGCAUGAUGUUUCCACCCCCAUGCUUCACAGUAGGUAUGGUGUUCUUUGGAUGCAACUCAGCAUUCUUUGUCCUCCAAACACGACGAGUUGAGUUUUUACCAAAAAGUUAUAUUUUGGUUUCAUCUGACCAUAUGACAUUCUCCCAAUCCUCUUCUGGAUCAUCCAAAUGCACUCUAGCAAACUUCAGACGGGCCUGGACAUGUACUGGCUUAAGCAGGGGGACACGUCUGCCACUGCAGGAUUUGAGUCCCUGGCGGCGUAAUGUGUUACUGAUGGUAGGCUUUGUUACUUUGGUCCCAGCUCUCUGCAGGUCAUUCACUAGGUCCCCCCGUGUGGUUCUGGGAUUUUUGCUCACCGUUCUUGUGAUCAUUUUGACCCCACGGGGUGAGAUCUUGCGUGGAGCCCCAGAUCGAGGGAGAUUAUCAGUGGUCUUGUAUGUCUUCCAUUUCCUAAUAAUUGCUCCCACAGUUGAUUUCUACAAACAAAGCUGCUUACCUAUUGCAUAUUCAGUCUUCCCAGCCUGGUGCAGGUCUACAAUUUUGUUUCUGGUGUCCUUUGACAGCUCUUUGGUCUUGGCCAUAGUGGAGUUUGGAGUGUGACUGUUUGAGGUUGUGGACAGGUGUCUUUUAUACUGAUAACAAGUUCAAACAGGUGCCAUUAAUACAGGUAACGAGUGGAGGACAGAGGAGCCUCUUAAAGAAGAAGUUACAGGUCUGUGAGAGCCAGAAAUCUUGCUUGUUUGUAGGUGACCAAAUACUUAUUUUCCACCAUAAUUUGCAAAUAAAUUCAUUAAAAAUCCUACAAUGUGAUUUUCUGGAUUUUUUUUUUCUCAAUUUGUCUGUCAUAGUUGACGUGUACCUAUGAUGAAAAUUACAGAGAACUUGCACAAUUGGUGGCUGACUAAAUACUUUUAUUCCCCACUGUACUUGUCAGGGACCAGCUUACAAUUAAAUAUAUAUUUCAGUAGCGGACAUAUGAUGCAUUACAUCAGAUAUAGCAAAAAAGUGGAUUUGUUGUCAGGAUAGAAAAAAAACCCUGCCCAGUCAAUUAAUUGGAUAAUAACUGAAACUGGAAAGGAGUCAAGGGGGACUCUAACUACAACAUUAACAUACUUGUCUCAAACCUGAUACAAAUAUAACAGCCUACAAAAUAAUUUCCAUACAAACAUCUAUCAAACACAUGAUUUUAAGUUGAUUGAACUUUAAUCCAACUUGUCUAGUUAAGUUGGAACAAAGUUUUGCCAACUUGCCUGAUUGAGUUAGAAAAGUUUAACUUAAAAUGUGAGGCUUAUGCAACGCUUCUCCAAAAAGUUGAUUUCACUUAAAAGGCUGUCAGACUAGUUACGAAAAGAUCUUGAGUUGGGCCACCUUCAUUUUUUCUUCUUUUUUUUUACAGUGUAAUUCUCAGAGGUUGAUUGAAUUUAAUUUAAAGGUGCAAUAUGCAGAAAUCCCUCCGCCAUUUACUGGUUGCAAAAAUUAAAGUAGUUCGCCUAAUUUCAGUUUAUGUGACAAAACAAGCAAUGUUUAGUGUAGGGAAUCUAUGUAACAUCUAAAACGCUGUGAAAUUUAUUUUCAAUAACCAAAAAUAUUGUAUUUUCAGCUGUUUGAAACUAGUGUACAAAACCUUAAGUAAAAGACGCAAAACCGAAAACGGGAAGCAUAGAAAUAGCUCACAUAAAAUCAACCGCUUCUUAGACUUGCUUUCAAUGAUAAUGACAGAUCUAUAACACACAUUUCUAUGUGAAUUUGGACAGCUCGCCCAAAACGUUACAUAUUGCAGCAUUAAUUUUAUUAGGAUCUCUUUUAGCCCACCAAGGGCUAGUCUUCCAAGAGUCCUUUGAAAUGUACAAACAUAAAAUGGGAAUUGAAAUGAUUGAUAUAAUACUGCAUAUGUAGUCAUGCAGUUGUUUAGUCCAUUCAGGGCAAUUCCAGCGUUAUGGAUGUGACAUUCACACACAACAUGAGAAACCAAAUGGCUCACAGAAUUGACUUAUCAUAAAGGAAAAUGUUAAUGUGUAUAUUUGUAGAAGUCUUAUGGUAAAAUACUGAUAGCCACUUUGAAAGUAAGGCUUGGCUACACACUAAAACAACAAUGAUGAACAUAUAAAAAUGGUCAUAUAUACUUUAGAGAGAAAAUGUACCGUUGUGACAUUCUCCAUUAUGGAUGUGACGCUGUGCAAAAUGAGUUUGGAAAGUAUUCAGACCCCUUCACUUUUUCCACAUUUUGUUACGUUACAGCCUUAUUGUAAAAUUGAUUAAAUAAAUGUUUUUCCUCAUCAAUCUAAACACAAUACCCCAUAAGGAUAAAGCAAAAACAGGUUUUUAGAUAUGUUUUCUUUCCAAAUGUCUUAAAAAUAAAAACAGAAAUACCUUAUUUACAUAAGUAUUCAGACCCUUUGCUAUGAGACAUGAAAGUGAGCUCAGGUGCAUCCUGUUUCCAUUGAUCAUCCUUGAGACAUUUCUACAACUUGAUUGGAGUCCACCUGUGGUAAAUUAAAUUGAUUGGACAUGAUUUUGAAAGGCACACACCUGUCUAUUUAAGGUCCCACAGUUUACAGUACAUGUCAGAGCAAAAACCAAGCCAUGAGGUCUAAGGAAUUGUCCAUAGAGCUCUGAGACAGGAUUGUGUUGAGGCACAGAUCUGGGGAAGGGCACCAAACAUUUUCAAGGGAGAAGGGCCUUGGUCAGGGAGGUAACCAAUAACCUGAUGGUCACUCUGACAGAGCUCCAGAGUUCCUCUGUGGAGAUGGGAGAACUGUCCAGAAGGACAACCAUCUCUGCAGCACUCCACCAAUCUGGCCGUCAUGGUAGAGUGGCCAGACAGAAGCCACUCAUCAGGAAAGGCACAUGACAGCCUCUUGAAGUUUGCCAAAAGGCACCUAAAGGACUCACAGACUAUGAGAAACAAGAUUCUCUGGUCUGAUGAAAUCAAAAUUGAACUCUUUGGCCUGAAUGCCAAGUGUCACGUCUGGAGGAAACCUGGCACCAUCCCUACGGUGAAGCAUGGUGGUGGCAAUAUCAUGCUGUGGGGAUGUUUUUCAGCGGUAGGGACUGGGAGACUAGUCAGGAUCGAGGGAAAGAUGAACGGAGCAAAGCACAGAGAGAUCCUUAAAACCUGCAGCAGAAUGCUCAGGACCUCAGACUGGGGCAAAGGUUCACCUUCCAACAGGACAACGACCCUAAGCACACAGCCAAGACAACGCAGGAGUGUCUUCAGGACAAGUCUCUGAAUGUCCUUGAGUGGCCCAGCCAGAGCCCGGACUUGAACCUGAUCUCUGGAGAGACCUGAAUAUAGCUGUGCAGUGACGCUCCCCAUCCAACCAACAGAGCUUGAGAGGAUCUGCAAAUAAACUCCCCAAAUACAGGUGUGCCAAGCUUGUAGCAUCAUGCCCAAGAAGACUCAAGGCUGUAAUCGCUGCCAAAGGUGCUUCAACAUAGUACUGAGUAAAGGGGUCUGAAUACUUAUGUAAAUGUGAUAUUUCAGUUUAAAAAAAAAUACAUUUUCAAACGUUUCUAAAACCUGCUUUUUCUUUGUCAUUAUGGGGUAUUGUGUGGAGAUUGAUGAGGGAUUUAAAAGAACCAAGAAAUCACCAGUAUCUUGAAUAGCUAUUGCAUAGGCUAUCAAAGUGCACGCGUGGGUCACGUCUUAACCAACCAUAAAUGCACAAAUGUGCUAAAAAAAUGCAUUUACAAUUUUUUAUUUGAAAUUCUCUAUUUUCAUUGCGAAUUAGAGUGCUGCAUACCUCAACAACUAUAUAAAUAUUUGCACUUUCAUAAUAAUACUAGAGGAAAAUGUUUUAUUUAGAAUAUUACAUGUUAAUAUCAAUCACCUACUAACAGAAUAAACAUACAAAAACUUAAUUCAAAGUUGUUUUCAUAAACUCAUGCUUUGUGUUACUCUCCUUUAACCUGCCAGCACAGGCUCUAUGGUACCUCCUCCCCCUGUUGUCCACAAAAGGACACAGGGACUGGACAACUUCACCUGCAGUCACCCAAGCCUUGUCAUCCUUGGCUUGCAAGAUGUACAAAAAUCCUGUGGUUGUUUCUCCUCAAGAUCUGGAUUUGAACAGCAUUAGAGUCAGUCUUUCCCUGUUACCAGUCCCACAAAAUGCCUGUAUAUACAAUGACAAUACCAAAUAUGAGGAACACCUUCCUAACUAAGUUGAAACCCUGACUGAGUGUCUAAAAAAGACUCAGGACCGGUGGUCUAUAUUGACCCCGUUCUAGGUGUGGAUCUGGACCACAGUCUAUAUUGACCCUGUUCUAGGUGUGGAUCUGGACCACUGUCUAUACUGACCCCGUUCUAGGUCCAGAUCUGGACUGUGACCUGCCAGUUGAGUGUGGCUGCCCUAAAAAGUCAUUUUUGAUUGGUUUUCAUCUUUCAUUGCAUUAGGUAAAGUGAUGAAAUGCCUAAUAAUAGAGUGGUAAUUGUCUGCUUUCAGUAAAGUGAAACUUUCUGCACAUCACACAUGAUGACAUCACACAAAGAUGUUUUUCUGUCUCACUCUUCUUUAUUCAAACAGUUGCAUAACAUUACACAACGCAACAUAACAUAACAUAAGAAAACACAACACAAGACAAGUUUACAUAACGCAACAUAACAUAACACAACGUAAAGUAACAUAACACAACGUAACACAAAUUGCCUCUAAAUCAUACAAUUGACAUUUUGGCCCUCCUGCACGUUGUAUUAACAUAAAUAGUAAAUAAAAAAGUCUUAGCCCUGUGCUACAAAACGAUACAAUAUAUAUUUUAAAGAUAUGGCUUUUAGCUGACGCUUUUGUCCAAAGCAACUUACAAUACAGUGAGUGCAUACAUUUGUUUUAGAAUAUGGUCCCAGCGAGAAUCAAACCCACAACGCACCAUGCUCUACCAACUGUGUAUGUGUGUGUGAGUUUGUAAUAUAGUAAGUACUAAGUAGUGUGUAACUGUCUUCAUGCAGGGUUCUCUCAGUUGGUGAGAACACAGCAGGUUGUCACAGGAACCCUGGGAGAAGAUGCAAUCUUAAACUGUGAGCUCAUGACACCCAAAGACGUGUGGGAAGUCACCUGGCAAAAAGUGACACCAGGGGCGAAUGAAAAUGUGGCCACCUACAGUAAACGCGGGCCUGAUGUCAAUCUACCUUUUAAGGGGAAAGUGGAGUUUGAAGACGAGGGACUGCAGAACUGCUCUAUCAUCAUCAGAGGAGUGUCAAGAGGAGACGAGUCCUGCUACAAGUGUCUGUUUAACACCUUUCCAGAUGGACCUAUCAGCGGAACGACCUGCCUCCAAGUCAAUGGUAAAAACUGAUAACAUAAUGUACUGUAAAUGACUGACCCAGAACAACUUCUUCAGAACUUCAGGCAGCCAUUUUAUCAGAUCAUACAUCCAAUGUCUUGCAACAAUUUAUCAAAAUGGAAUCAUUUAGUAAAUCAUGUAAAUGGAAUCAUUUAGUAAAUCAUGUACAUGAAAACAUUAUAGUAUUUACAUUCACUGUGAUCUGUGUCUGUUGUUGUCCUAUAGAGCUGUAUGGACCCUCACUCCUCAUCACACAAACCAACAACAGUCACAUCACUCUGUCCUGUUCUGCUACUGGACGACCUGCUCCUAUAGUGACCUGGGAAGACACAGAAAUUCUAGAACAUUCCACAAUGGCCAAUGUCACCCAUCUCAAUGGAACUGUCAGUGUCACCAUAACUUCCAUGCUGGCAGCAUUCAUUCUACCUGACAAAGACACCAGGGUUGGCUGUAUGGUUUCACUGUUCUCUGGAGGUGUCACCAAGAACAUAUCCAUGGUUAUUCCAGCUAGAACUCAAGCUCCAUUUGCUGGUGAGAAAUGGUUCUGUACAUGCCUACAGUAACAGUCAACAUGCUGGUGUCAUUCUGAAGUACUUUUUCUGUGCUAGGUCUACCUGAGGUCACUGAUGGUGACAGGAUCAGUGGUAGAUCAUUAAUCUAAUGACCACAACUAAUCUCUGACACUCUUAUCUGUGAAUUGUACCAUUCUCAUCUUGUCAUCUUUCACAGGUAAGCGAACAGUAAUUGGUGCAGUGAUGGGUUCACUGUAUUUCAUUGUUGCGUGCUGUGGAGCUGUGGCAUUGUGGUGGUGCAAACUGAGAAAUAAAAUGAAGGUAAGUUUUACUGUCCAGAUGACAAAGAGAAAAUACAGUAUUAAUUUGACAUUGAUUGUCAAACUUACAAAAACAAUCUUUAUCCCAAAUCCCACAGCCCAUGACAGAGAACAGGAAGAACUAUCAACAGUCAACCCUCAACAUGAUGACCCUGAAAUCUAGAGGUCUAAUCUAACAGUAAGACACAUAUUCUAAUUAACAGUAGGGUUUAUGAUCAAGUAAACAGUGUUUGUACUUACUGUAGGUAAGGAAUAGAGUAGAACACACUGAAUUGUUUUUCAGCAUCAAAUGUAAUCCCUGGAGAAUAUGUACAGUGGGGGAAAAAAAGUAUUUAGUCAGCCACCAAUUGUGCAAGUUCUCCCACUUAAAAAGAUGAGAGGCCUGUAAUUUUCAUCAUAGGUACACGUCAACUAUGACAGACAAAAUGAGAAAAGAAAAUCCAGAAAAUCACAUUGUAGGAUUUUUAAUGAAUUUAUUUGCAAAUUAUGGUGGAAAAUACGUAUUUGGUCAAUAACAAAAGUUUCUCAAUACUUUGUUAUAUACCCUUUGUUGGCAAUGACACAGGUCAAACGUUUUCUGUAAGUCUUCACAAGGUUUUCACACACUGUUGCUGGUAUUUUGGCCCAUUCCUCCAUGCAGAUCUCCUCUAGAGCAGUGAUGUUUUGGGGCUGUCGCUGGGCAACACAGACUUUCAACUCCCUCCAAAGAUUUUCUAUGGGGUUGAGAUCUGGAGACUGGCUAGGCCACUCCAGGACCUUGAAAUGCUUCUUACGAAGCCACUCCUUCGUUGCCCGGGCGGUGUGUUUGGGAUCAUUGUCAUGCUGAAAGACCCAGCCAUGUUUCAUCUUCAAUGCCCUUGCUGAUGGAAGGAGGUUUUCACUCAAAAUCUCACGAUACAUGGCCCCAUUCAUUCUUUCCUUUACACGGAUCAGUCGUCCUGGUCCCUUUGCAGAAAAACAGCCCCAAAGCAUGAUGAUUCCAACCCCAUGCUUCACAGUAGGUAUGGUGUUCUUUGGAUGCAACUCAGCAUUAUUUGUCCUCCAAACACGACGAGUUGAGUUUUUACCAAAAAGUUCUAUUUUGGUUUCAUCUGACCAUAUGACAUUCUCCCAAUCCUCUUCUGGAUCAUCCAAAUGCACUCUAGCAAACGUCAGAUGGGCCUGGACAUGUACUGGCUUAAGCAGGGGGACACGUCUGGCACUGCAGGAUUUAAGUCCCUGGCGGCGUAGUGUGUUACUGAUGGUAGGCUUUGUUACUUUGGUCCCAGCUCUCUGCAGGUCAUUCACUAGGUCCCCCCGUGUGGUUCUGGGAUUUUUGCUCACCGUUCUUGUGAUCAUUUUGACCCCACGGGGUGAGAUCUUGCGUGGAGCCCCAGAUCGAGGGAGAUUAUCAGUGGUCUUGUAUGUCUUCCAUUUCCUAAUAAUUGCUCCCACAGUUGAUUUCUUCAAACCAAGCUGCUUACCUAUUGCAGAUUCAGUCUUCCCAGCUUGGUGCAGGUCCACAAUUUUGUUUCUGGUGUCCUUUGACAGCUCUUUGGUCUUGGCCAUAGUGGAGUUUGGAGUGUGACUGUUUGAGGUUGUGGACAGGUGUCUUUUAUACUGAUAACAAGUUCAAACAGGUGCCAUUAAUACAGGUAACGAGUGGAGGACAGAGGAGCCUCUUAAAGAAGAAGUUACAGGUCUGUAAGAGCCAGAAAUCUUGCUUGUUUGUAGGUGACCAAAUACUUAUUUUCCACCAUAAUUUGCAACAAAAAAAUAAUCUCAAUUUGUCUGUCAUAGUUGACGUGUACCUAUGAUGAAAAUUACAGGCCUCUCUCAUCUUUUUAAGUGGGAGAACUUGCACAAUUGGUGGCUGACUAAAUACUUUUUUUCCCCACUGUAGAUAGGCCUGCUGGUUAUUGUAUGUGUAAAUACAGUAUGUAUGUAUGUAUGUAAAUAUAUUUAGCAGUUGGUUAAUGAUGAAACAUGAUAAAUCCACACUAGACUUGUGUGUGUUGUUUUGUUCUUCCCUUUAAUAUGAAUCAAA